UCCACUAAUGCUAGCUUAGACUGUUAGCCGUUAGCAAAGAAACCCGGAAACCGCUGGAGGAAGGUCGCAGCCAAACCUUUGAAAAAAAGUUCGAAAGACUCUUAGAUUAUUGCCGCGAUUGUUAGCUUGUCGUUGCCUUUUUUGGAGAGCAUUGUUAGUUUUUUUUAGACGAACCCAGGGGGAACCUUGAAGCUUCUCUGGCUAGCUUAGCUUGCUAGCUGCUACCAAAGAGACGCGGAAGUGAUCAACACAUCGCUCAGCGGAGCUCAAGUGUGAGUGUAAAGUGUUGGGAUUGUGUGAAAAUGUGCGAAAGAACGAUAGCAGAGUACGAGGAGGAACUUUGUCGAACAAAAGAGGAGAACGAGCGACAACGUCAACUACUGGACGCUGUUUCCAAGAGGUAUCAAGUUGGGUUGCACGGAACAGACCUCACCUUAGCUGCCGAACAGCACGUGUGGAGCUCCAUCGUGAAGCCACAGCCCCCCCACAUUAAAGAGGAAGAGGAGGACCACAGCAUCAGCCAGGAGGGAGAGCAUCUUGAAGGACCGGAGGAGUUCCCAGUGAUUGGCGUCCCUGUGAAGAGUGAAGAUGAUGAAGACGAUGAAGGUGAAAGUGAGGAGAAGAGAGAGGCGGAGCCUCCGAGCAGCAGCUCAACAGAAGCCGAUGGAGACCACUGUGGAGGAUCACCAGCAGACAAGCUCUUAGCUCCACUAUCAGAUAGCGAGCACACGACGUCACACUCUCCUCACACUGAUGAUGAUGAUGAUGAUGAAGACUCUACAGCUGAUAUGACAUGUCACCCUGACAACACACGCCUGAAAUGCGACCACUGCGACAAGACCUUCCAUGACAGGAGCAACAUGAGAAGACACGUGAGAACCCACACAGGAGAGAAAUCAUUCAAAUGCUCCGUUUGUGGCAAAAGAUUUUCCCGGAAGCUAAAUUUGACAGAACAUGCUCGAGUACACACCGGAGAGAAACCUUUCUCCUGUUCAGUCUGUGGUCGAAGAUUCUCUCGAAAGCUAAAUUUGACGGCUCAUACUCGAACUCACACCGGAGAGAACCCUUUUGUCUGCUCCACCUGUGCUAAAAGAUUCUCUUCGAAGGCAAAUUUGACAGUACACACAAGAAUACACACUGGAGAGAAACCUUUUACUUGCUCAGUGUGUGGUAUAGGUUUUGUGCAAAAUCAAAAGUUGAAAAUCCACAUGAGAAGACACACUGGAGAGAAACCAUAUUCCUGUUCAAUCUGUGGUAUAGGCUUUGCACGAAAAGGUGAUUUGAAAAUCCACCUGAGGACACACACUGGAGAGAAACCAUACUCCUGUGCAGUGUGCGGCGUAGGGUUUGCACGUAAUGGUAAUUUGAAAAUACACAUGAGAAUACACACGGGAGAGAAACCGUAUUCCUGUUCUGUGUGUAGUGUCGGAUUUGCACGGAAAGGUGAGUUGAAAAUACACAUGAGCACACACACUGGAGAGAAACCGCAUUCCUGUUCCAUGUGCGGCAUAGGUUUCGUCCAAAAUCAAAAUUUGCAAAUACACCUGAGAAGACACACUGGAGAGAAACCAUAUUCCUGUUCAGUGUGUGGUAUGGGUUUUACGCGGAAAGGUAAUUUGAAAAUACACAUCAGAACCCACUCUGGAGAGAAACCAUAUUCCUGUUCAGUGUGUAGUAUAGGUUUUGCGCGAAAAGGUGACUUGAAAAUCCACAUGAGGAGACACACUGGAGAGAAAGUGUUUCGGUGCAGCGUGUGUGAUGAACGAUUCUCUUAUAAGUACCAGCUGAACAACCACACGUGCGCUGGCGAGAACAGCAGCAGGAAGUGAAGCUACGACGUUGUGACGUCAUAUUGUGUGUUGUGUAACCCAAGUUUGGUGAUGUCAUAUGAGAUCUUCUUCAGGAAAUAAAUGAACCUGCA